AUGCCCAAACAACUCAUUCUCAACGCCUUCGCCAUGCAGGCCCCCGGGCACCUCAACCCGGGCCUGUUCCGCUACCCCAAAGACAAAGGCAGCCAGUACAAGAACCUGGACCACUGGAUCGAGCUCGCCCGCAAGCUCGAGGCCGCCAAGUUCCACGCCAUCUUCUUCGCCGACGUGCUGGGCGGCUACGACGUCUACAAGGGCCCGGCCAACCUGGAGCCGACGAUCCCCGCCGCCGCGCAGUUCCCCAUCAACGACCCCCUCUACAGCAUCCCCGCGCUGGCCGCUGCCACGGAGAGCAUCUCGUUCGGCGUCACGGCGUCGACGACUUACGACGCGCCCUACGCCCAUGCGCGCCGCUUCUCGACCGUCGACCACCUCAGCAACGGCCGCGUCGGCUGGAACAUCGUCACGUCGUACCUCGACUCGGCGGCGCGUAACUUUGGCCUCAAUACGCAGAUCGAGCACGACGAGCGCUACCGCAUCGCCGACGAGUACCUGCACGUCGUGUACAAGCUGUGGGAGGGCUCGUGGCGCGACGGCGCUGUGAAAAACGACCAAACGGGCUAUGCUGACCCUCGCGCUGUGCGCCAGAUCCACCACAAGGGCAAAUACUUCACUGUCCCUGGCCCGCAUCUCUGCGAGCCUUCGCCCCAGCGCACGCCCUUCCUGCUGCAGGCCGGUACGUCGACGGCCGGGCGCGCCUUCGCCGCCAAGCACGCAGAGGCCAUCUUCCUCAACGGGCACACGCCGGAGCUGGUCCGGCCGUCUGUUGACAGCAUCCGCAAGCAGGCGGCCGAGUUUGGGCGCGAUCCGGCAGACAUCAAGAUCGUGGCCGGGGUACUAGUGAUCGUGGGGCCGACGGACGAGGCGGCGCGGGCGAAAUACGAGGAGCUGCUCAAGUACGGCGACCACGAGGGCGCGCUGGCGCUGUUCGGCGGCUGGUCGGGCUACGACCUGGCGAAAUACGACGAGGACCAGGACUUCCGCUUCGUCGAGGCGCCGGCGGUGCGCAGCAUGGUCAACCACUGGGCCAGCACGGUGCCGGGCAGCGAGAACAUCAAGUGGAACCGCCGCACGAUCGCCGAGUGGCUACUCAUCGGAGGCAACGGGGCCAAGAUCAUCGGCAGCCCGAAGACGGUGGCCGACGAGCUGGAGCGCUGGGUGGAAGUGGCUGACGUGGACGGGUUCAAUCUCAGCUACGCCAGCGUGCCAGAGACGUUUGACGAUAUCAUCGAGUAUCUCCUGCCGGAGCUGCGGCGAAGAGGGCUCUUCUGGGAGGAUUACGCAGUGAAAGGGGGCACGAUGCGCGAGAAUUUCUACGGGAAAAAGGGCCAGACCCGGCUGCCGGAGACGCAUCCGGGGGCACAGUAUUUCUGGCGAGAAGGGGAGGAAAUCCCUAAGUAUGCCAUCAGACAGGAGGAGGAGGAAAAGCAGAAGGAGAAGCAGGAUGAGACGAAAGAGGGAACGGAAGAGAAGAAAGAGAAGCAGGACGAGGCGAAAGAGAAGACGGAAGAGCAGAAGGCUAGUAAUUGA